AAAGAACUAUAAUGCAGUACUGAAAAUAGCAUUGAAAGCUGAUUUUUGUUCACGCAAGUGUGUUUGCUCGACGCACCAAACAUGUUCGCGCGUGCGAGACUAUUUUUAAUUUACUCGUUUUUUAUCUCUCUAUCGGAAUUGCUGAAAAUGGGCAGAUAAACGUAAUUGUAGGUGGCCUACCGACGAGAGAUUUACUCGCAAAGUAUCACGAUCAAAUAUGCGCACCCUUGACACGACAAAGACCCUGAAAAGGUGAUUCAUUCGCCUUGCUACUAAAGCACAAAGCUCAAAAGCCUACAAGCAAUCAGUGAAAAUAGCCGGACACUGCAUUGGAAUGCUAGGGUAACCAUUUAAAGGAUUUACUCUAUUAAGGAAGAUUUGAUUUGUGGGAUUUCUAGCAAUCAAGGGAACAAGCGCUGUCGUUUCAAAACGUCUGUCACUUAGUAGAAGUAGGUCAUUUAAGAAGCAGCGAGCAACUCAAAAAGCUUUUAUCUUAAAAACAGGAAACUCAUUAUAAACUCUGACGUUGGGGAAAACUCCUAUUCAACUUUACAACCAAAGAGAAAAACAAAGUUAAAAUGAGCGACUCAUCACUAUUUCAUGAAGAGACUGGACGAACGUCUGCACGCAACGGGGAGGAAAUAAGCGCAGUCACUCGUAAGAACAACACGCAGCAAAACUGUCUUCUGUCUUGAAAAGCGGGGUUUCUUCACACAAAACCGAGGAUAAAGAGUAUAGCUAAGUUUAUAAGAUAAAGGAACUAUGCUAACGCAGCUUCAAAGUGAGACAAGUCCACUUUCUUCAAGUGACUUCAUUGAGGAGACUUUGUGCUAAAAAAACAAUCACUGUUCGUACUGAAGAACAAAACUCACAAAACGGAAGUCUGCGUCAGACAAUAGCUCGAGCCUUAGUAAACAAUAUCAUUUAUUUCUAAUAUUGUACAUUUUGGUAAAAUCGGCGCGCCCUGUCGGCAACCGGCGUCUUUGAUUUUCCUCAAAACAUGCGACGGUGGUCAACGAUGAACAACAACACAACGAUGCCAGCUUCACUCUUGGGCGGGGGACCGUUGAUGUCACGCCAGGAGAUGCUCGUCUGGUGCGUAGUGUUUGCCGUGGAAGCUUUGAUAACGGUCUUCGGCAACAGCUUCACCAUCGCUAUCUUCACAAGCUCCUAUCUCCGCCAGAACCGGGCAUUCUAUUUUCUUGUGAAUUUAGCCAUCGCUGAUCUGCUGGUCGGCUUGUCUUCAAUGCCUUUGUUUAUAAUGCUCUUCACUAAGUUUUUCUCCGGGGAAUACAUAUCAGAGCUGUUAUUCGUAUCGCAUCGAUUCGUGGACUCGUUUACGAGUUUUGUGGCGCUGUUUUCGCUUGUUUUGGUAGCAGUAGAGCGGAUGUAUGCGGUCGUGUAUCCGUUACGUCAUCGUACCACACGAGUUGGGUCCUAUAUCGCAUGCGCAUUAGCAAUGUGGGUUUUCUCAUUGGCGGUGUCUGUCUUGGGUACUUUACCAUCCCACAUUGAUCAGACCAUCUCCUUCUACCUGUUCUUCAUUCUCCACUCGUCCGCACUGAUUGUUGUCAGCAUUUCCUACGUCAUUGUAUGGAAGUGGGUCGUGUGCCGGGUCAAUAACACCGCUGCCAGACAGCGUGACCCCAGGGAUCGAAGGCUCGCACGAACUCUGGCGUUAGUGACCGUCAUGUCUAUAGUAGCCUGGGUACCAUUCCAAGUGAUCCAUUACGUAGAAACACUUUGUCUGACUUGCGCAAUGGUGCCUAACACCCCUCUUUACUUCAGCAAGCUAUUGCAUUAUGGGAACUCUCUUAUCAAUCCAGUUCUUUACUGCUUUCGUAUUCCGGAGUUUAAUAAAACGGCGUCUAAAUUUCUCGUGAAGAUGCACUUGCGAGAAGCCAGCCAGCAGUCUGUCCCUGUUGAGCUAGAUGAACUCAAGGGGGGUGGUGUGAAGUUUGACGCACAUGACACAAGGGUGUUCAAACCAGGAGGGCGAGAAGUUGUCAGUUACGCAGCAUCUACUCCGCCCACUCCUAAAGGAGGCACAGUGACUGUAAUAACAGACAUGUCGAACGAGUCCCCAGCUAGGUCUAGAUCGGCGAGUCAUUGAGAAAGAGCACUCAGACGUCGGACGAGUUCCUAGCUAGGUCUAGAUCAGCGAGUCAUUGAAAUAGAGCACUCAGACGUCGGACGAGUUCCUAGCUAGGUCUAGAUCAGCGAGUCAUUGAAAUAGAGCACUCAGACGUCGGACGAGUUCCUAGCUAGGUCUAGAUCAGCGAGUCAUUGAAAUAGAGCACUCAGACGUCGGACGAGUUCCUAGCUAGGUCUAGAUCAGCGAGUCAUCGAGAAGGAGGAGCUACUUCAUUAGUUGCGCAUCGGAGGGAGUUCACAAAUUUCGUUUGGGCCAUUUUUGUGUAUUGUUAAGUUAACGUUGGCCCACGGACAACCCGCGAUGUAGCACCUUUAAGAUAGUCUUGAAUCUUAGUUUUCGAACAAUCAUGAUCCCAGGGGCGUAGCCACGGGGUGGCCAAGCCCUCCCUCUUCUAGCAGCCAAAAAUACAGUGAAUUUACGAGACAUUAUCUAAAAUACAGGAGAAAAUGCCUUGAUUGUCCCUUUUGGGCCCCUGGCUACGCCGCUGGAUCUUUUUAAAAUAUCACUUCUCAGUUAUACUUAAAAUAUAUAUGUAUGUGUCAAACAUACAGAAACGCUUAUAUAUA